GUAAAGCACAGUGAAAGAAUUCAAGAUGCCACCUAAUAUAAACUGGAAAGAAAUAAGAAAGGUUGAUCCAGAUGAGCUGCCUCGUCAAGAAGAGUUGGCAGAUAAUUUAUUGAUUUCCUUAUCCAAGGUGGAAGUGAAUGAGCUAAAAAGUGAAAGUCAAGAAAAUAUGAUACACCUUUUUAGAAUUACUCAAUCACUAAUGAAGAUGAAAGCUCAAGAAGUAGAGCUAGCUUUGGAAGAAGUUGAAAAAGCUGGAGAAGAACAAGCAAAAUUUGAAAAUCAAUUAAAAACUAAAGUAAUGAAACUGGAAAAUGAACUAGAGAUGGCACAGCACUCUGCAGGUGGGCGUGACACUCGGUUUUUACGUGAUGAAAUUCGCCAACUUGAAAAGCAAUUGGAACAAAAAGAUAGAGAAUUGGAGGACAUGGAAAAAGAGUUGGAGAAAGAAAAGAAAGUUAAUGAACAAUUGGCUCUUCGAAAUGAGGAGGCAGAAAAUGAAAACAGCAAAUUAAGGAGAGAGAAUGAACAGCUUCGUCAGGAUAUUAUUGACUAUCAAAAACAAAUAGAUUCGCAAAAAGAAACACUUUUAUCAAGAAGAGGAGAAGACAGUGACUACCGAUCACAAUUGUCUAAAAAAAACUAUGAACUUGUCCAAUAUCUGGAUGAAAUUCAGACUUUAACAGAAGCUAAUGAGAAAAUUGAACUUCAGAAUCAAGAAAUGAGAAAAAAUUUAGAGGAGUCUGUCCAGGAAAUGGAGAAGAUGACUGAUGAAUAUAAUAGGAUGAAAGCUGUUGUGCAUCAGACAGAUAGUAUGAUGGACCAGUUAAAAAAAGAAAAUGAUCAUUACCGGCUUCAAGUGCAGGAGCUUACAGAUCUUCUGAAAGCAAAAAAUGAAGAAGAUGAUCCAAUCAUGGCAGCUGUCAAUGCAAAAGUAGAAGAGUGGAAGUUAAUUUUGUCUUCUAAAGAUGAUGAAAUUAUUGAGUAUCAGCAAAUGUUACAUAGUCUGCGGGACAAACUGAAAAAUGCCCAGCUUGAUGCUGAUAAAAGUAAUGUUAUGGCUCUACAACAGGGUAUACAAGAGCGAGAUAGUCAAAUUAAAAUGCUCACUGAGCAAGUUGAACAAUAUACAAAAGAAAUGGAAAAAAAUACAUUUAUAAUUGAAGAUCUGAAAAAUGAGCUCCAAAGAAAUAAAGGAGCUUCAACACUUUCGCAACGGACCCAUUACAUGGAAAUUCAGUCUAAGGUUCAAAUUUUAGAAGAGAGAACUAAAGAGGCUGAGAGAACAGCUGAAUUGGCUGAAGCUGAUGCUAGGGAAAAGGAUAAAGAACUGGUUGAAACUUUGAAGCGAUUAAAAGAUUAUGAAUCCGGAGUUUAUGGUUUAGAAGAUGCUGUUAUUGAAAUAAAGAAUUGUAAAAACCAAAUUAAAAUAAGAGACCGAGAGAUUGAAGUAUUGACAAAGGAAAUCAAUAAGCUUGAGUUGAAGAUCAGUGAUUUUCUUGAUGAAAAUGAGGCACUUAGGGAGCGCAUGGGCCUUGAACCAAUGACAAUGAUUGAUUUAACUGAAUUUAGAAAGAGCAAAAGUUUAAAGCAGCAGCAGUACAGAGCUGAAAACCAGGUUCUUUUGAAAGAGAUUGAAAGUCUAGAGGAAGAGCGACUUGAUCUGAAGAAAAAAAUUCGUCAAAUGGCUCAAGAAAAAGGAAAAAGAACUGUCACUUCAGGAUUAAUUGCUGAGGACCUGAACCUAACUGAACACUUUUCUCAAGAGAAUAGAAUGAGAGAAAGAAAAUUUGAUUUCAUGAGCCUCAAAAAUAUGAGUGAAGAACAGUCAAAGAAUGAAUUUCUUUCAAGAGAACUAAUUGAUUAAAUGGGUUAUUUUUGCUAUAUGUGAAAUACUUUAAAAGAAUUAGUUGAAGAAAAUAAGCAACUUGAAGAAGGUAUGAAAGAAAUAUUGCAAGCUAUUAAGGAAAUGCAGAAAGAUCCUGAUGUUAAAGGAGGGGAAACAUCUCUAAUUAUUCCUAGUCUUGAAAGACUAGUUAAUGCUAUAGAAUCAAAGAAUGCAGAAGGAAUAUUUGAUGCCAGUCUGCAUUUAAAAGCCCAAGUUGAUCAACUUACUGGAAGGAAUGAAGAAUUAAGACAGGAGCUCAGAGAAUCUCGGAAAGAGGCUAUAAAUUAUUCUCAGCAGUUGACAAAAGCACAUUUAAAGAUAGAUCAUCUUGAAAAAGAAACCAGUCUUUUACGACAAACAGAAGGAUCAAAUGUUGUGUUUAAAGGAAUAGACUUACCUGAUGGGAUAGCACCAUCUAGUGCCAAUAUUAUUAAUUCUCAGAAUGAAUAUUUAAUACAUAUCUUACAGGAACUAGAAUAUAAAGAAAAUAAGUUAAAGAAUUUAGAAGAUUCUCUUGAAGACUAUAACAGAAAAUUUGCAGUAAUUCGUCAUCAACAAAGCUUAUUAUAUAAAGAAUACCUAAGUGAAAAGGAGAACUGGAAAACAGAAUCUGAAACAAUGAAAGAGGAAAAAAAAAGACUUGAGGAUCAAAUCCAACAAGAUGCUAUAAAAGUAAAAGAAUAUAAUAAUUUGCUCAGUGCUCUUCAGAUGGAUUCAGAUGAAAUGAAAAAAACACUUGCAGAAAAUAGUAGAAAGAUCACAGUCUUACAGGUGAAUGAAAAGUCACUCAUCCGGCAAUAUACUACUUUGGUAGAAAUGGAGAGACAGCUUAGGAAAGAAAAUGGGAAACAGAAGAAUGAAUUGAUGUCAAUGGAGGCUGAAGUUGGUGAAAAAAUUGGACGUUUGCAACGUUUUAAGGUAUGUCUGUUUUUUCUCAACUCUGAAAAUUUUCAUAUGAGAAGGAUAUGUGAAAAUGCAUCCCUAAAAGAGCAAAUGGAGUCUGUCAGUAAAGAACUGGAGAUUACCAAAGAAAAGUUUCACACCAUUGAACAAGCCUGGGAGCAAGAAACUAAACUAGGAAAUGAAUCUAACAUGGAUAAGGCAAAGAAAUCUGUAACCAACAGUGAGAUUGUUUCUAUUUCAAAAAAAAUCACUAUGCUGGAGAUGAAGGAAUUAAAUGAAAGGCAGCGGGCUGAACAUUCUCAAAAAAUGUACGAACAUGUGAAGACUUCACUACAGCAAAUGGAAGAACGCAAUUUUGAAUUGGAAACCAAAUUUGCUGAGCUUACCAGAAUCAAUUUGGAGGCACAGAAAGUGGAACAGAUGUUAAGAGAUGAAUUAGCUGACAGUGUGAGCAAGACAGUAAGUGAUGCUGACAGGCAACACAUUCUAGAAUUAGAGAAGAGUGAAAUGGAACUAAAGGUUGAAGUAUCAAAACUAAAAGAGAUUUCUGAUAUUGCCAAAAGGCAAGUUGAAAUUUUGAAUGCACAGCAACAGUCCAGGGAGAAGGAAGUAGAGUCCAUCAGAACACAGCUGUUAGACUAUCAGGCACAGUCUGACGAAAAGGCGCUCAUUGCCAAGCUGCACCAACACGUAGUCUCUCUCCAAGCUGGUGAGGCUGCUGCCCUCGGUAAGCUGGAGUCACUGACAGCUAAACUGCGGAAGGUGGAGGCCCAAAAUUUGCGCUUAGAGCAGAAGCUUGAUGAAAAAGAACAAGCUCUCUUUUAUGCCCGUUUGGAGGGGAGAAACAGAGCAAAACAUCUGCGCCAAACAAUUCAGUCUCUACGACGCCAGUUUAGUGGAGCUUUACCUUUGGCACAACAGGAAAAGUUCUCUAAGACAAUGAUUCAGUUACAAAAUGACAAACUUAGGAUAAUGGAAGAAAUGAAAAAUUCUCAACAAGAGCAUAGAAGUCUGAAGAACAAAACACUAGAGAUGGAAUUAAAGUUAAAGGGACUGGAGGAUUUAAUAAGCACUUUAAAGGAUGCCAGGGGAGCCCAAAAGGUAAUCAGUUGGCACACAAAAAUAGAAGAACUCCGUCUUCAAGAGCUUAAACUCAAUCGAGAAUUAGUCAAGGAUAAAGAAGAAAUAAAAUAUUUGAAUAAUAUAAUUUCUGAAUAUGAGCAUACAAUCAGUAGUCUGGAGGAAGAAAUUGUGCAGCAGAAUAAGUUUCAUGAAGAAAGACAGAUGGCUUGGGAUCAGAGAGAAGUUGAACUGGAACGUCAACUAGAUGUUUUUGACCGUCAGCAAAAUGAAAUACUAAGUGAAGCACAAAAGUUUGAAGAGGCUACAGGAUCAGUGCCAGACCCUAGUUUGCCCAUUCCGAAUCAACUUGAGAUUGCUCUAAGAAAAAUUAAGGAAAAUAUCAGAAUAAUCAUAGAAACCCAAGCAACUUGCAGAUCACUGGAAGAGAAACUAAGAGAAAAAGAAUCUGCUUUACGGUUAGCAGAGGAGAAUGUUCUGUCAAGAGACAAAGUAAUCAAUGAACUGAGGCUUCGAUUGCCUGCCACUGCAGAACAAGAAAAGCUUAUAGCUGAGUUCUGCAGAAAAGAGGUGGAACCAAAAUCUCAUCACACAUUGAAACUUGCUCAUCAGACCAUUGCAAACAUGCAAGCAAGGUUAAAUCAAAAGGAAGAAGUGUUGAAGAAGUAUCAGCAUCUGCUAGAAAAAGCCAGAGAGGAGCAAAGAGAAAUUGUUAAGAAACAUGAAGAAGAACUUCAUAUUCUUCAUCGUAAAUUAGAACUUCAGGCUGAUAGUUCACUCAGUAAAUUCAAAGAAACAGCUUGGGAUUUGAUAAAACAGUCUCCCACUCCAGUUCCUACCAACAAGCAUUUUAUUCGUUUGGCUGAGAUGGAACAGACAGUAGCAGAACAAGAUGACUCUCUCUCCUCACUUGUGAUCAAACUAAAACAAGUAUCUCAAGAUUUAGAGAGACAAAAAGAAAUCACUGAAUUAAAAAUCAAAGAGUUUGAGAAUGUGAAAUUACGGCUCCAAGAAAAUCAUGCAGAUGAAGUGAAAAAAAUAAAAACAGAAGUAGAGAAUUUGAGGUGUCUUCUGGUGCAAUCACAAAAGGAGUCACAAAGUUUAAAAUCUGAACUUCAGACUCAAAAAGAAGCAAAUUCAAGAGCUCCAACAACUACAAUGAGAAAUCUAGUAGAAAGGCUAAAGAGCCAAUUAGCCUUGAAGGAGAAACAACAAAAAGCGCUUAGUCGGGCACUGUUGGAACUUCGGGCAGACAUGACAGCAGCAGCUGAAGAACGUAUUAUCUCUGUGACUUCUCAGAAAGAGGCAAAUCUCAAUGUCCAACAGAUUGUGGAUCGACAAACUAAAGAGCUAAAGUCACAAGUUGAAGAUUUAAGUGAAAAUAUUUUAAAACUUAAAGAAGCUCUUAAAACAAGUAAAAACAGAGAAAACUCACUAACUGAUAAUUUGAAUGACUUAACCAAUGAACUGCAAAAUAAACAAAAAGCUUAUAGUAAAAUGCUUAGAGAGAAAGAUGGAGUUGAUCAAGAGAAUAAUGAACUAAAGAGGCAAAUUAAAAGAUUAACCAGUGGAUUACAGGGCAAACCUCUGAUGGAUAACAAACAAAGUUUAAUUGAAGAACUCCAAAAGAAAAUUAAAAAGCUAGAAAGUCAACUGGAAAGAAAGGUGGAUGAAGCAGAAAUGAAACCUAUGAAAGAAAAGAGUGCCAGGGAAGAAGUAAUUAGGUGGGAAGAAGGUAAAAAAUGGCAAACCAAAAUAGAGGGAAUUCGAAACAAGUUAAAAGAGAAAGAAGGGGAAGUCUAUAUUCUAACAAAGCAGUUGACUACUUUGAAGGAUCUUUUUGCCAAAGCUGAUAAAGAGAAACUUACCCUGCAAAGGAAACUGAAAACAACUGGCCUGACUGUUGAUCAGGUUAUGGCAGCACGAGCAUUGGAGUCAGAAAAAGAGUUAGAAGAAUUGAAAAAGAGAAAUCUUGACUUAGAAAACGACAUAUCAUAUAUGAGGACUCAUCAAGCUCUUCCUCGAGAUUCUGUUAUAGAAGACUUACGUUUGCAAAAUAAAUACCUCCAAGAAAAACUUCAUGCUUUAGAAAAGCAGUUUUCAAAGGAUGCAUACUCUCGGCCUUCAACUUCAGGAGUAGAUUCAGAUGAUCAUUAUCAAAGAGAACAAGAGCUCCAGAGGGAAAACUUGAAGUUGUCAUCUGAAAAUAUUGAACUCAAAUUUCAGCUUGAACAAGCAAAUAAAGAUUUGCCAAGAUUAAAGAAUCAGGUAAGAGACUUGAAGGAAAUGUGUGAAUUUCUGAAGAAAGAAAAAGCAGAAGUAGAGCGGAAACUUGGCCACGUUAGAGGGUCUGGUAGAAGUGGAAAGACAAUCCCAGAACUAGAAAAAACCAUUGGUUUAAUGAAAAAAGUAGUUGAAAAAGUCCAAAGGGAAAAUGAACAGCUGAAAAAAGCAUCAGGAAUAUUGACCAGUGAAAAAAUGACUAGUAUUGAGAUGGAAAAUGAAAAUUUGAAGGUUGAAUUAGAAAAACUCAAAGUUCAUCUUGGACGUCAGUUGAGCAUGCACUAUGAAUCAAAAACCAAAGGCACAGAGAAAAUUGUUGCUGAAAAUGACAGACUUCGUAAAGAACUUAAAAAAGAAACUGAAGCUGCAGAGAAAUUACGGAUAGCUAAGAAUAAUUUGGAGAUAUUAAAUGAGAAGAUGACAGUUCAACUAGAAGAGAGUGGUAAGAGAUUACAGCUGGCAGAGAGUAGAGGCCCACAGCUUGAAGGUGCUGACAGCAAGAGCUGGAAAUCAAUUGUUGUUACAAGAAUGUAUGAAACCAAGUUGAAAGAAUUAGAAACUGAUAUUGCCAAAAAAACUAAAAGCCUUACUGAUCUUAAACAGCUUGUAAGACAAGCAACAGAGAGGGAACAGAAAGUUAAGAAAUAUACAGCAGACCUUGAGCAACAGAUUGAGAUUCUCAAACAUGUUCCUGAAGGUGAUGAGACCGAGCAAGGCCUUCAACGGGAGCUUCGAGUUCUUAGAUUAGCUAAUAGUCAGCUGGAAAAAGAAAAAGAAGAAUUAAUCCAUCAGAUAGAAAUUAACAGAGACCAAAAUGGACCUGAAAGUACCACAUCUGAUCCUGAUCAACUAAAGGAAAAGGUCAAAGAUCUAGAGACACAGCUCAAAACUUCAGAUCUGGAAAAGCAGCAUUUGAAGGAGGAAAUAAAAAAGCUGAAAAAAGAACUGGAAAAUUUUGAUCCAUCAUUUUUUGAAGAAAUUGAAGAUCUGAAGUAUAACUACAAAGAAGAAGUGAAAAAAAAUAUUCUCUUGGAAGAGAAGUUAAAAAAACUUUCUGAACAAUUUGGAGUUGAAUUAACUAGUCCUGUUGCUGCUUCUGAACAGUUUGAAGAUGAGGAGGAAAAUCCUGUUAAUUUCCCCAUAUACUAAAAGGCCAUCUCUAACUAGAGUUUUAUUUAACUAUUUACUAACUUUGUAAGUUAAAAUUCCAUCUGGAAAUCAAGCAAGUCUGACCUACAUGAUUUCCUUCCCAAUACCUCAUAGCUUUACUUAAACUGGAAUUUUUAGUAAAUUAUAUGAAAAUUUCAACAUAUUAGGAAAGUAUAUUUUUGAAGACUGUUAGGAUAUGUUAUAUCUGUCAAAUAGGCAAUAAGCUAUGGUAAAUUUUUAUACUGGUAAAUUUUUAUACAAUUACAAUGUAGUACUAAGUUUUUUAAACAUUUAAAACUGGGGUUUUAUAUAUACUUACAUAUUUAUAUAUGUGUUAAGAUUCUCAAAUUAUGUCUCUGUAUGUUAUUAAGUUGAGCCAUAUGUUUUGUUAAAUGUCUAGCAAUUUUAAAUUCAGUUUAAACUAUUUAAUUUUUAAAGUAAUGGUCCAAAAUUGUUGGUUUGUCUUUUACACUACCCAUGUACAAUGGACUGAAUCCAACCUUUGUACAAGGUGGAGAGCUUAUUAUUAUAUUUUUAUUUCCAGAGGUUAAAAUUCAUUUGCUUUUUCUAAAUAAAAUUUUGAAUAAAUA